UGUAAAUAACUUAAUAAUGAUCCUUAUUGCUGUUUUAGAGGAGCGGUGCUUCAAAGGAUAGUUGCAGAUUUCUGUCAGAAUCUGCAGAUUAUACAGUACAAAUAAAAUGUUCACGUUUCUCCAACGUUGUCUUCCCAACAGUUUCACUGGAUGGCCAGGAAGCGUUCACCAUGUCUUCUCCGGAGCUGAUAAUUGGCGUCUGUCUUGUGUCAGUGACGUAAAAGACGGAUUUAAUGCGACAUGACCAUCAAACAGCAGUCGCUUUCUAAAACAUCGGAUAUGUAUCGGAUUCAGGACCACAUACCAAAGUGACCCAGAUCGGAUUUGAAAAUAUCGGAUUUGUGCCGUUCACACUGUCAGACCAUGAUCGGAUAUGGGUCACAUAGGGUCAGAAAAGUCGGAUUUGAUGCGCUUUCGCCUGCAGUGUGAACGUAGCCAAAUAUUCACUGAAGCUUUCAGACUAACGAUCGUCCCUGAUAAAUAUAAAUAUGAAGAUGAUUGUAUCUCCGGCCCUGAGGUGGCUCUUCAUGUUAAACAUGACCAGAGUUCGUAACGAUGAGCCUGCAGUGUAUACAGUAAUCCUGCAGGCCGCUUGAACACUCAGUUUGUCAGUUUUUUCUGCACUUGGAUCUCUGUGAUGUCAGAGAGGGCGUGGUCGUUACUGGAACCACCAGUAAACAGAAACAGCUGGAGGAACAGUUUGCAGGUCCGUCACAUGAUCAGGUAUAAAAAAAACAUCUUAGAUAGGGAGAGUUUCACCAAUAUGCCAAAAACUGGGAUGACCAGAAGUCGGCGUGGUGUCCACACCUGCAGGUUAAAGCUCCAUCACGCAGAGAAGAGGCCAGAUGUGAUGACGGAGUCGAAACAGCGCCAUCUCCUCUGGACCAAAGCUCCUUUAAAACUGAUCUCAGACCCAUCCAAACAUGGACGGCGCGUGAAGAGGAGAGGGGGUGUAAAAUGUGGCUUUAUUUUCUUAUUUAAGAAAUAAGAAAUCGUUUGUUCCUGUGAUCCAGUGGGUCUCACGGAGCCUCGUUUUUGAGGGGAAUCUAAAAGUGUGUCGGCUAAACCCGGUUUGGCACGUAAACAACAAUUUUCUAAUCUGUGUGUGCGGCGUGAACACGUCCUCCUUUCUCUGCCCCACUUUCCCUGCACGCUCCAACAGUUUGCACAAUUACUUCUUUUAUGGUGUUUUCAGUGGGAGAGGGAAGCGUGCCAGUCUGCCUCUGAGCUGCAGUGGCCGAUGGGAGUCGUUAAUAACGCUCAUCAGCAUCGCUCGCGGUCAGACCUCCUCCUCAGCUCGUCAUUUGUUUUCCUCUUUGCAUAAACCUCCCAUGGAUUCACCCCUUCCUGCCCGCAGUGCAUUUACAUGAGCAGGAAACCUGACACGAGGAAGCGUGUGUGUGUGAUCAAACUGCAGAGCUGGGAGCUGUGUGUCAGAAGGUGGAUUAACACCUUUGGCUCAACUCUCCACGCUGAUGUUUCCUCACUCUUCAUGUUUUUCACAUGACCGGUCGGACGUUUCUUUCCUCACGCCGCCGUCAGCAGCCGAGCGGGAGUUUAUGAAAACAUGGGAGACGACAGACGCGACAGGCUGCAGCUGAUCGACGAUUUGUCCUACGAAGACGUGAAGAAGUGUUACAGAGGAUCGACUGUCAGCAAAUACAACUCUCAGUACCACAAACUAUUCCAGACGGUUCCUAAAGAAGAAGUCCUGAUGAAAGCGUAUUCCUGCGCUCUGCUCAGAGACAUCCUGCUGCAGGGGCGACUCUACAUCUCCAGGAACUGGCUGUGUUUCUACGCCAACCUGUUCGGCAAAGACAUCAAGGUGUGCAUACCGGUGGUGUCGGUCCGGCUGGUGAAGAAGCACAAGACUGCGGGUCUGGUGCCGAACGGCCUCGCCAUCACCAUGGAUACAGGACAGAAGUACGUGUUUGUGUCCCUGCUGUCCCGAGACAGCGUCUACGACGUCCUCAGGAGGAUCUGCACCCACCUGCAGGUGAACGGGAAGAGUCUGAGUCUGAAGCAGUACCUGGAGGAGCCCAGCUCGCUGUCCAUGGACGAGUUUCCAGAGGUGCUGAAAUGGAGACGGAAACCAUCGCUUCCCGCCGUCUCCUCCUCCCUCCCUGAUUUGCUGGGAAACUCCACCCCCAGCCUCGCCGCCACCACCACCUUCAGUGCUCACACGCUCACAGACUGCAGCCUGGAGACGGAGAAGAUCCUGCUGACAGAGCCGGUACCUGAACUGGGCCACGCAGAGUACCAGCUGCUCAGACUCUUCAUCCUGCUAGUCUUCCUGCUGGUCCUGUCGUCCUGCUAUCUGGCCUUCAGGGUUUGUCGUCUGGAGCAGCAGCUCAGCUUCCUGAGCAGCCAGCCGACGCUGAGAGAGAGGUGUGGAGAAGUGCCCUGCUGGCUGGCCAAUCAGAAGACAGGAACCUGAUCCUGCAGCCUGUCAGAGAGUGAGGAGAAAGUCUGCUUUUUAUAGAGUUAGCUGUUGGUGGUGGAGGAGAAGGCUCUCAGGAGGAGGAAGGAGCUUCAGCGGCUAACAUCUGACCCCUGCCAGCACCCGGUUACCAUAGAGAUGUUACAGUAGUCAACACACGCAGCAGACUAACCUUUGACCUCUGGGACAGAAAUGUCAGCGUGUGCAUUGCUGGGUCAGUCAAAGGUCCCGAGAAAUGAAAAUGUGUUGUAGGAUACCGUACCGCACAGAAGUGUUCGACUGUUUUCCAUCACAUCACCAUCAAGGAGGCGUCUGAUUGGCCCACACAUCCAGCCUCCCCUCACCGUCAGCUGCUAGAAGCUGGAGGAAAGCCCAGAUCCAAGCAUCAUGAUCGAGCUCAGACCCUCAUCAUGCUGCGGGAACCACGGGACUCAGCCAUAAACUGUAUAUAAAAGACGGACACAGUUACUGUAAUGUUUCCCGCCUCCAUGUUGGAGUUUUUAAAGCAGAGGUGCGCCCCCCUAAAUCCCCCCCCCUCUCUGUGCCCCCUGACUCUGAACGUUGUGUUAAAUUAAACCUGAAACCAGCGACUGAUGUUUGUUUACUGAGGCCGACUGCCCCCUGCUGGUCAUUAGAAAGAAUGCAGGUGUGAGGGACCGCGUUGACGUCACAGGAUCUGCUGUCUUUUGUGUACAGUCUGUUGGCUCGUCACAUAACCUUCUGUGAUGUCACUGUGAUGUCGUUUGUCAGCGUGGGGAUUUUUAUCAAAAUCUCCUGCAGCACCUGCCCCAGAGUACGUGGGUUUCUCCCCACAGCUGAAGCGCUCUUACAGGGUUUUAGUUGAAAGCAGCUGACUCCAUGAAGACGCUGCGACACACCUGAAUCCACAAAACAACCACGAUGAUUUGGCCGACCUCUCGAACGCUUUACAGCCACAGGCUGAGCAAGCACAGCCUCACAAGCUAGGAGAUGUUUCCUCUCAGAUCAGCUCGCUCAGGCCUCACAGUUCUUCUUCUACUGGAUUAAACUGACUUUAAUCUGCAGAGAAGUCGUCUGCAGCAUGCUGGAUGUUUAGAGUUUAACAGCUAUAUUCUAUUUUUUAAAUCCAUGUAAACGAGCGAGAGUUUGUGUACACAGCCGGCUCCUGGUCUCUGAUCCUGCAGCUGGACGGGUCAUCAGUGAGCUGCGUUUACGAUGCGUUGCUCCCCAAACUCAGCUCAUGUGACCUGGGAAGACAUCGGGAUCCCGAGCUGAAGACGUUUCUGGGGGAUGACGACAUCCUGCUUUGACCUCACCUGACCUCGGAUAGGCGGAAGAAGGAGGACUCAGGGGUGGACGAACAGCUUACAGAGGCGCGCAAACACCUGAGUCGACCCGUCAGGUGACACCAGAUGAGUAGUUACACAUGGAAGGUUUCCUGCCAUUAAUCAUCUCCUCAGUGUUACUCAGCAUAGAAGCUCAGGAUUAAUAAACUUUCACAUCACUGCAGCGUUAAUGACAGAAGGUGUUCCUCAUUAUUUUCUAAUAUGCACACAAACAGUAUCUGACGGCUGGAGAACCUCGCUGCUCACCUUUGCAUUCAGAACUGCAGCGACUGAUUUCUCCUUUGAGACACGGCGACUGUACCAUGAUGACAUCACCAUGAUGACAUCACCAUGAUGACAUCACGCUGGAUUGCUGUGUUACAUUAGAGCUGUAGCAUCAAGAUUUGAAUGUUUUUAUUAUCAUGCAGAGAAACCGAAUCCAUCUUUGUUUAAUAAUAUUCGAUCAGGCUGAUUUGUUGUAUGAUGUAUGAUGAAUGUGCACAAAGAACAGCUGCCAGAGGUGGACGUCUUUUUAAUAAAACAUGUAAACAAGCUGAAUUUACUAUUAAAGCUGAUAUUUUCAAA